AUGGCCCUUCUCUUGACGAGAAACGACGCUCUCAGCGCCAACCCUCCGGCUGGAGUUGACGAGACCCUUUCUGUGCAUGGGUCCGAAUGGCUUUGGGCGGUUACAGCCAUCUAUAUCGUUGCUUUCCUGGGCUUGUUAUGUUUCUGCUUCGCCUCCCACGAGAGCCGGAGAGUCUUCCACUACACCUUCACCGUCGCUCUCCUGGUCGGUGCCGUGGCCUACUAUGCCCAGGCUUCCGACCUCGGGUGGAGCGCUGUCAAGCAGGCCGAUAACGCGGGCAACGGCUUAGUCCGCCAGGUCUUCUACGCGAAGUACAUCAACUGGAGCAUAUCAUUCCCAGCUGUCGUUCUCGCUCUUGGACUGCUGUCUGGUGUCUCAUGGACCACCAUCAUCUGCAACAUCUUUAUCGCCUGGCUUUGGGUUCUUACCUACCUCGCUGCCGCUUAUACCACCACCAACUACAAGUGGGGCUUCUUCGCCUUCGGCACCUUCUCGUGGGUCAUCCUCGCCAUGAGCACGCUCAACGAGAGCCGCCUCCUCGCGGCUCGCCUCGGCAUCGGCCGCGACUAUGUCAUUCUCGCCGCGUGGCCGAACAUGCUGUGGCUGCUCUACCCUGUCGCCUUCGGGUUGAGCGACGGCGGCUACGUCAUCGGCGUCACCGGCAGCGCCAUCUUCUUCGGUGUCCUCGACGUCCUGAUGGUGCCGGUGCUGUGCUUUGCCUUCUUGAUCCUGGGACGCAAGUGGGAUUGGGCCAGACUGAACCUUGCCUUCAGCGAGUACCGCGGUUCUGGGCACGGCCGUAUACCCUUGGAGAAGGAACCCGUCAUAGCCCAGGGAGGUACUAAUACCUCGGCGGCCUGA